CCUUUCUGUCGGAACAUGGGGAACUACAUGUCGGCAAAACAAUGAUUUGCUUUCGUUUUCAAGGGUUAAUUCCUUGAAUCGGAUCACGAUGAAGGAGAUGGUCGGGGGUUGCUGUGUCUGUUCCGAUGAGAGAGGGUGGGCGGAGAACCCCCUUGUAUAUUGUGAUGGUCAGGGCUGCAACGUAGCGGUUCAUCAAGCUUGUUACGGAAUCGUACACGUACCCAAGGGGCCUUGGUAUUGCAGAAAAUGCGAAUCCCAGGAACGAACAGCUCGAGUUAAAUGUGAGUUGUGUCCCCAAAAGGAUGGUGCACUGAAGAGAACUGACACAGGAGUUGCCUGGUGUCACGUGGUGUGCGCUCUAUUUAUACCAGAGGCUUGGUUUGCUAAUGUCCAGACCAUGGAGCCCAUUGUUUUGAAAAAUGUCCCUCCUGAAAGAUUUAAUAAAGUGUGUUAUAUAUGUGAGGAGAGUGGUCGGGUAGAUAAGGCUAACUCUGGAGCCUGCAUGCAGUGUAACAGGAAUGGCUGUAAGAUGAAUUUCCAUGUCACAUGUGCUCAGGCACAAGGACUUUUGUGUGAAGAGGCUGGUAACUAUGGAGACAAUGUGAAGUAUUGUGGGUACUGUGUCCACCAUUACAAAAAGCUGAAGAGAGAUGCCAAUAUAAAACAGAUUCCAGCUUUCAAGCCUAUUCCUGCAGAUAAUGCCAGUCCUGACAAGGGAGAUAAAUCUAGUGUAACAUCCUCAGAUAUUCGUGUUAAGGUUGGAUGUCAGGAUGUUCAGCAAAGAAAGAGAGGAAAUAAAGCAGAAACGAAGGAGGGCUAUAACACGAUGGGGCACCUGUUGGCGGGGAUAGAGAAGGAUAAACACCCCUCCACGCCCCCCUUGUCUAACGCCAGCAGUGGUAUAGGAACCUCCACCAUGUCCGAGACGUCAACGAUCAGCCCCACAGAGUCACCCAAUCAGGAGGAGGAAAUUGAGAACAGAGCGUUCCCAAUUUGUCAAACCCCUCAAAAUGACAGAAUCAGUCUCCAUCGAUCUGUGUCAUCCGGGAGCUUGUCUUCAGUACAGAGUGCAGAUCUUAGAUUACCCAGUGAAGUGGGACCAAUGUUUUCAUCCUCCAGUGCUUUGGGCGGUGAAGCAUUAAGUGGCAGUUUUACAGGAUCAUUAGAUAGUUUUAUAACAGGUGCAGCUCAAAGGAUCUCAACCAUGGGGAAAACUGCUUCACAGAGUGAUAAUGAAAUUGAUCAAACAGCUAGAAGAUCAAGAUCUCAAGAAAAGUUUGAAAAGAAACUAAAGAGAACAAAGCUGAACUCUGCAGCGGCCAAGAAACUGAACCGAAACCCCUCUACAGAAAGCAAGGACGCCUCACCCCCAGGGUCCCGGAAGGUCCGCAGAAAGCCCGAAAUCACCACUCCAAGUAUAGGGGCCAACUCCAGUCUAAGUCUGAAUAACUUCUCAGUGUUUGGAGGCAGCCCACAUUUCCAGAGUCUCAGUGCUCCAGGCCCACUCAGCUUCUCUUUUACUCAGAACAACUCGGGCUCCAGCCUCGGGUCAUAUAAUGAUCUCACAGAUGGUGCAUGUGGACCACCAAAGAUAUUUCCUAGUCAGCAGUCUCCACAAAAGGAGCCACCAAAUGGUGAGUUUCCGACAUCUUUAGAACAGUUACUAGAGAGGCAAUGGGAACAGGGCUCUCAAUUUCUGAUGAAGCAGGGAGAGCAUUUUGACAUUGCUUCCCUUCUGCACUGUUUACACCAGUUAAAGUCAGAGAACCAGCAAUUAGAGGGUCACAUACAGUCCCUGUCGACACGCCGGGACCACCUGCUGGCCGUUAACGCCCGGCUAGCUGUUCCGUUCUCCUCCCCUCUGCAUGCUGAGUCAUUCCUCACCGCAGAUAAAUCUUCAGAAAAGAACUCCGAACCAUCACUAGUGCAGGAUGUAACCUGUUUAACCUCUGACAAUCCGGUCUUGGCUGGAGGCACCACCACAGUUCCCAUUACGAGUUCUGUCUCAGCCCUCCCAGCCAUGGCUUCAUCAUUCAUCAGUAGUAAUCCAACACAAACCUCAUCUGUAUCAAAUACUCCAUUACCCAGUGUCAACACGCCUACAGCAAUGGAAGUCUCACCUUCCUCCUUGUUAACAGAUAAAAAUAAAUCCGACGUCACAUGAACUGUUUUGUUUUCCUCAUUUAAUUCUGUUUUAAUUAUAUAUAUUAAAUUAUUUAUUGGAGAAUAAAGAUGUUUUUUAA